CCUCCCGCCAUGUUGUCCGAGAAGUCAUACUGGUCGUCAGGAGCGUGAGGUUGGAAAAGUUAAUGUUAGAAGAAAAUGGUCCUCAGAUGCGCUUGGGGAACGUGCAAUUCUGAUGAAAGAUAUCCUGCUAGGUUACAAGGGGUUCGGUUGAUUCUUUUUCCAAAGCCUAAAACACAGUUGACGAAGUGUCUCCGAUGGAUUAAGGCUUGCGGAAGACCACACGCACAACUCAAUGUGCACAAUAUCAACAAACACAAGGCUGUAUGUUCGAAGCAUUUUGUUGGGGAAAAUGGACCUACAGAUCAAUAUCCAGAUCCAAUACAGGCAGAUGGGACCCCUUGUAAACCGACGCGUCCACUACCAAGAAAAAGACUUAAGCCUGAUUCGGAAAACUGCUUUGCCUCCCCUCCAUCAAAGAAAGUUCCACCGCUGAAGGAAAACACUGACUUCAUGCAGAGCUCUGAGGGUGGUUCCGACACUUCGCCCAGCGUGGCAGCGUUGCGGACCUCAUCAUCAGCCCAGGCGCCUGUGGUGCAACCCGUCCCGGCCUCCCAACAGAGAGCGCUGGUACAAGCCACAGGCUCAGUUCAGAAGGGAGGACAAGUACAACAGCUUUCAGUAUCCAGGGCUCAACAGGUUUCUCCGCAGGUGCAGCAGUCACAGCAUGUCUAUCCAUCCCAGGUGCACUAUGUAGGGGAAGGCGGAGAGGCCGUUUACACUAAUGGAACAAUUCGCACGGCCUACUACAACCCAGAGGCUCAGUUGUACGGUCAGAGCAGCGGGGGGUCGUACUUUGACUCGCAGGCCGGUGGAGCUCACGUCGCCACCGUUGUCUCCUCUGCCAGUGGUGGGGUGCCGCCUCAUAGCAUGGUGGGCAUAGCCAUGGACGUAAGCAGCAGCCAUAUCAUCUCCAGCGGCAGCACCUAUUUGAUCCAUGGAGGGAACAUGGAAGGAAGCCGCAACCAUAUAUCACACUCGUCUCGCUCCUCUUCAGCCAUGCUUGAAAUGGCGAUUGAAAACCUCCAAAAGUCUGAAGGGAUUGCAAGUCACAAAAGCAGCCUGCUCAACAGUCAUCUCCAGUGGCUGCUGGACAACUAUGAGACCGCUGAGGGUGUGAGCCUGCCCCGGUGCUCCCUCUACAACCAUUACUUGCGGCAUUGCCAGGAACAGAAACUGGAUCCGGUCAACGCAGCCUCCUUUGGGAAGCUCAUCCGCUCCGUCUUCAUGGGCCUCAGGACCCGGCGCCUUGGGACCAGAGGCAACUCAAAAUAUCAUUAUUACGGCAUCCGGGUCAAGCCAGACUCUCCACUAAACCGACUGCAAGAGGACACCCAGUACAUGGCUAUGAGGCAGCAGCCUGUGCAUCAGAAACAAAGAUUCAAACCUCUGCAGAAGGUAGAUGGAAUGCCCGACAACCUGUGUGUGAACUCUCACUGCAACAACACUCCGGAACAAUCUGUUGCAGCUCAGAGCCAACACCACCAGCAGUACAUCGACACGGCCCACAGCUUGCCCGAGUUUCCUGCUCCCAACGUGGGCGCUCAGCCUCUACCGGAGCGCAUCAGUAUGAACGACAUCAAAAAGCUGCAGACCCUCUACAGAGACCACUGCGAGGCCACUCUGGAUGUGGUGAUGAACCUCCAGUUCCACUACAUUGAGAAACUCUGGCAGACCUUUUGGUGCUCCACAGCACCACCUAGCGACGGGAGCACCACCAUCGCCAACAGUGACGACGAACUGGAGGGUGUGUUGCCUCGAGAGAAGCUGGUCAAUCUCUGUAAAUACGAACCAGUUCGACUAUGGAUGAGAAGCUGCGAUCACAUCCUCUACCAGGCCCUGGUGGAGAUCCUGAUCCCGGACGUGCUGCGUCCUGUUCCCAGCACUCUCACUCAGGCCAUCAGGAACUUUGCUAAGAGUCUGGAAGGAUGGCUGACGAACGCCAUGACCAACUUUCCUCAAGAAAUCAUUCGCAUUAAGGUGGCAGUGGUCAGUGCCUUUGCGCAGACCCUCAGACGUUACACCAGCCUGAACCACUUGGCCCAGGCAGCGCGCGCCGUCCUCCAGAACACCUCACAGAUCAACCAGAUGCUGUCCGACCUCAACCGGGUGGACUUUGCUAACGUGCAGGAGCAGGCGUCGUGGGUGUGCCAGUGCGACGAGAGCGUGGUUCAGCGUCUGGAGCAGGACUUUAAAGUCACACUGCAGCAGCAGAGUUCCCUGGACCAGUGGGCCACUUGGCUGGACAAUGUGGUCUCUCUGGUCCUCAAGCCCCACCAGGGCAGCCCGAGUUUCCCAAAGGCGGCGCGGCAGUUUCUGCUUAAAUGGUCCUUCUACAGCUCAAUGGUGAUUCGAGACCUGACCUUGCGUAGCGCCGCCAGUUUCGGUUCUUUCCACCUGAUCCGGCUGCUGUACGACGAGUACAUGUUCUACCUGGUGGAGCACCGCGUGGCUCAGGCCACCGGAGAGACGCCGAUCGCUGUCAUGGGGGAGUUCAGCGAUCUGAGCUCCAUGAUGCCAUCACUCAUGGAAAAAGACGUGUCCUUCUCUGACGAGAUGAGCGACCUGGGCAGCGACGCCGACGUGUCCCGGAGCGAGCCAGCCGUUAAGCGGGAGCGCAUCGAAAUGAGCCACCCUCUGCAGGAGAUGUGAGGGUGCUUCCGCUGGGCGGCCGGCGCGACGGCCGUCGGAUAUCCUCCUUUUCUUUUGUGCAACUGUGAAUGAGUUGGUGUAGUCCUUUUUUUUUUUUUUAAUGGGGUGUGUAACUUUGUGUGUGUGUGUGUGUGUGUGGUGGUCAUGUGCUGUUUUAAUUCUAUUCUAUUCAGAUUAUUUUGUGUUUGCCUUCAAUUAGCUGUGCCAUGGUGUCAUUUGAGUGCCUUAGAUCGCUAACUCGGAACCCGUCACUCCAGAUGUCAGCUUGUCCCUCAGCUGUGCCUCGACCGCAGUUAUGAAUGUAUUGUCUGCAAACCUCAUUCGGAGCACCUUCCACACAGCGAAAGUGGAGGUGCGCGUGCGUGCGUGUGUGUGUAUUCCUCGUUGCCUCUGCUGCACCUCGCGGCUCACAAAAUGAAAACGAUGCACAUGCAACUGGUGGACCCAAAGGAGCUUAUCCUCAGAAACUUGGCCAUUGUACUUUUUAUGUGUGAGGGACAGGAGACGGUGCGGUUAUCCAAACUCCCAACAUAGAACUACAUCUGCCAACAAGCAAUAUUGUCGGGGGGCGGAAAAAUACUACUAGUGAAGUAGUCCUGCUAAUAGUGCGCUGACUCAUCUUUCUCGUGAAUAUACCAGCACACGGACCUUGAGAUAGAUGGCGAAUGACGGUUUUCCAUCCAUUUGCAGCAGAUCUAGUUGCAUGCGCGGUUUGGGUAACCGAAGUGCGAGUCCCCGCAGUUUACCUCAAUAGAUUUCUCGGGCUUUCCGGCAGGCUCAAAUCACAGAACAGGUUUGAUCCGCAACGGCGCUGGUUGUAAAUAGUUCCACUGCAGACCUUGUUGUAGCAAGCUGGAUGAAGACCAUCCAGCGCCGAGGAGGCCCAUUUCAGAUUACAAUAGAAAUACAGCGCCUUUGCAGAGGAUUACCAUUUCACUAAAUUAUAUAUUCAGUAUAUCUUAUGUAGAAAAUGUGUAUUCUGUGGCCUCGAUUCUCCUCAAUGCCUCUGAAAAAGGCCUUUUGUAACUGACUAUAGACUUUGCGUGUGAUUUGUUUGAUGUAUGAAGAAUAGUAGUUUAUGAACUAUUUCUGUUCACCCGAUUCAGUUUUCGGGCCCUCCAGUCUUGUACCGACUUAUUUAAGGCUUUUUGAAAUGUGUUCCUGUCAGUCAAUUGCCCCCCAAGUGCGUUGGAAAAGCUCAUUUCUGGGUGUUCUUUUGAAUAUUUUGUAAGACUGCUUUAGAUCUUUGGCCUACGAUUCUUUUUUGUAUUAAACUAAAUUUGGGUCUUCUUACACGUAUACUGAACCCUGAUUUUGUGUAUUUUGAAACCACUUUAUUUAGGCCAAGGACACAUGGUGGUUCGGUAAACUCCUUAAUUCAACCGUAUUUUGUACUUGGUCAC